AUGAGCAUCAACUUGGACUACGCCCUCUCCAGGCCCACCGCUCCUGUGGUCCAAGAUGGCCCCCUCACCUACAAUAACCUCUUUGAUGCUUCAGUCGACGCAGUUUAUUCGGCCAUGGACAAGGUGGGAGGGAGCACGGUCCGUAUCGUCAUCUCCGAGAGUGGAUGGCCGAGCGGGGGUCAAGGUGACAAGACCACACCGGCACUGGCACAGGAGUAUAACAAUGGUUUGAUACAGCACGUUGUCCAUGGAAACGGGACACCAAAGAGGCCUGGGAUCAUCACGUCCACCUACUUGUUUGCAUUGUUCAAUGAGAAUAAAAAAACCCCUGGCCUCGACCAAAAUUUUGGCUUGUUUUACCCCGACAUGAAUCCUGUUUAUCCUAUUUCUUUUUCUUUUCCAUGA